AUGGUGCCCAGACCCACCACUACCGACCACUCUGAGGAGACAGGUGACUCCGAGUUCUUAACCUUUGACGAGUUUAACGCCCUAGCUACCGAGGAGGAAGCAGCUCACGAGGCCCAAGCUGAUCAUCCCCAGGAGAAUCUGCCUUCUGCCGGUGUGAGUUCUACCAGCCCUGUUCAAGUGCAGUCCCUAUCUCACCCUAUUUCUUCUGGUGACAUCACUUCUAGUCUACCCCAACCAUCCCUCAAGGUGACCAACGGUAUUCGCAGUUACAAGAUCAUUGACCCCUUCAAAGGCGACAAAACCCAGGAUAUUGUGGAGUUCUUAUCCAAGUUCGAGGAAACUUAUGGUUUGUUAGGAUGGCCAGAAGCUACUAAGUAUAAUGUUCUCCGUGUUAACAUAGAGGGUGCACCCUUCCAAAUUGUUGACAACAAUGUUCGACUCGCCAAGAAUGAUCCCGAAGCUUAUGCUCAAGCGAAGAAGGUAUUGUUGAGCAGAUAUGCUCCUUCUAUUUUUUCCACAUGGCAAACUGCCGUGUCUCGAACUCUCUCCGAGGGAGAAUCUAGUGGAGAUUUUAUGUCUGAGUUGCAAAAACUCUUCAAGCAAUGCCUGCCCAGUGACUUCUCCGUCUCAGGAGUCGAGCGCAUUCUGGCGCGGUCUACCGUCGUCAACCCCUGGGUUGACAGGAUUGAGGCAACAAUGGCAUGA